UUCUGAAACAGUGACGUAAUACACGUUCUACGGUACGCCACUUGUGAGCAACAGCAAAAAGCGCGGACAGUGGAAUUACUCAGAGAUUAGAAGAAUAAGGAAAAGGGAGCCAUUAGAUAAUGGACACCCGGCCAAGAAGGAAGCUGAGAUCUAAGGUCUUAGAUCAAGAGGCAAUUGAGGAGGAGAGCAAAGAGGAAGAGUCACAGGAUGACCCAGGAACUAGUACUCCAGAUGAGAAAGUCCCAGGAACUAGUACUACAGAUGAGAACAAACCCAGUGAGUCAUUGUCCAGCACAGCAGAAGAGUCUCCCCGUGCUCCCAAGAAGCCCGACACGAGUCCUGUUCAAGACGAGCCAGGAGAUAAUUGCACCUGCUCGGUGUGUGACUUUGUCGCAAAAACUCCCACUGCCCUGAAGAUUCAUGCCAAGAGAAAGCAUUCCCGCAGAGGCGGCGGUGGCCAUGUUAAAAAGGCGGACAAAGAGGCGCCGCGAGAUGUGUGUGCUGCAGCCAAGGCGCACGUUGGCAAGGAAGGCGUCCCGCCACACACGGGAGAAGACAAUCAGCAGACUGCAGCAGGGAUGGCGGUGUCCUGCCAACAGGACACGAGUGCAGUCGGGGACGGCAAAGACGCGUCUGGGAAGCCGCCUUUGUGUGAGGCGGCUGUGGGUUCAGAGGAACAACAAACGGCAAAGAGUGCUGAGGAGGGCCCACAGAUCAGUCCCACUCAGUUGCUCCUGCAGAUGGUUGAGGCUUCAUCAGCAGAAGAAGGGCCUGCACAUUCACAACCGUCAGACGCGAUGGACAGAACUCCCAAAGAAAAGUCAAGUGAGCAUGUGGAGGGUCAAAAAUCAGACCCCCCGGCCCCCACCAGCUCUGACACGAGUGACAAAACACAAGGUAAUAAAGAGGGAGAGGAGGGUGCCAAGAAGACGCGGAAACGCGGGCAGAGGCCCAGGGUCACGCACCCGUGCAGCCACUGUGGCCACGAGUUCCAGGACAAACCCAGCCUGGCCACGCACGUCAAGAGGCGCCACACCAAGGAGAUGAACCACUUCUGCGACCUCUGCUCCUACGCCUGCGUCGCCAAGUGCGAUUUCGAGAAGCACUGCACCAGCAAUAAGCACAAAAGGAGAGUGGCGGAGAGCGGCAGCGGCGGGCAGCAGACGCCAGGAGGAGAGACGCCCUCUCUCCCCCUGCCUCCUGAUGGAAAUGAGACGGGGGAACAGCAGGGGCAGGCUGCCGCCGCUAGCGGUGGCGCUGGCAGUGGAGGUGGCGAGGCGACUCCGACUCCGACGCCGACGCGGGCGCUAAAGCGUUCAGCCAGCGGCAAGCCCCAGCUGCAGUGUGGUAGCUGUGCCUUCCGGACCGUCACGCCCUCCCUGCUGGAAAGCCACGCUCGGCUGAAGCACCCAGCGGAGGACCACUUCCACUGCAAGGUCUGCCAUUACUACACCGCCACCAGCGGGGGGAUGGACGCCCACCUCGCCAGCGCGCCACACCAGGACGCCGCCAAGAAUAAGGAGGUCGGGGCCUCGUACGCCGAAUGCGUCGAAAAAGUGCACGUGAUCCUGUCCCAGAACAGCGACAAUCAGCCGGCGUCGUCGACCGACGGCACGGAUGCAGAAGGUGGCGGUGGUGAUGGGGAGACGGGAGAGGACGUGCAGCAGGGGGACGAUGCGACGGCAGAGCAGGAGGCGGAGGUGUUCUCCGACGAGAAAAGUGGGGACGGCGCCUCCCCUGCCAAAAGGAAAAGGGGGCGGCCGAAGGGGACCAACGUCACCACCUGCCCCCACUGCGGCCUCGUGGCCUCCAACGCCACCAACCUCAGCGUCCACAUCCGUCGAAGGCACAGCCACCAGUACAGCUACAUGUGCAAGCUCUGCCGCUACUACUGCGUGACCAAGGGCGACAUGGACCGCCACUGCGUCACCAAGAAGCACGUCAAGCGCGCGGAGGGUGCCGGCGGCAACACGGACCCCGUCGUGCAAGUGAUGAGUGAGGAAGCUGCUGGAAAGAGCGGUGACAUUGAAAUCGUGCGCUUCAAGAAAGUAGACUACAGCCAGGCCGAAGAUGACGUGACCAUGACUGAGUCAGCAGCAUCAGCAGCAGCAGACGGCGAGCCACCACAGCAGCCCCAAACCAGCGACGGCGUCGAGGCUCAGAGUAACCCCCCCCCUAAGACCGCAAAGACCCUUUUCCCGACCCUUCACCCGAGAAGGAGCAAGUACGACCCCGUCAAUUCCUGUGCGCACUGCAACUUUGUGGCCCAUUCCAUCCCGUCGCUGGAGCUCCACGUCAAGAGGAAGCACACCAAAGACUUUGAGUUUGUGUGCCUGGCCUGCAACUACUACGCGGUGACCCGGCGAGAGAUGUCGCGCCACGCGUCCACCGACAAGCACAAGCAGAAGAGCCUGGUCUACCGGGAGAGCUGUGCAGGAGGAGGAGGAGGAAAAGGCGACCAAGAAGACGCCGGCGGCGUGGCCGUCCUUGUAGCACCUCCUCCUACGACGGAGACGGAGGAGACAGCCCAGCCGUCCGAACCUGAAGCUGAAGCUGAGACAGAGGCUGAAAACAGCGAGACUGCCAUGGACCAGGAUGAUGCUACUACGCCAAACAUGACAGACACCUCCUCCACCAAUCAAGGACAAGAAAAGCCCACCAGCACCACCACCACCACCACCACCACAGAGGAGGUCACAGACGGCGCAGCUGAUACUGAAAAAGCGCCCGAGGAAGAAGCUCCUGAAGCCGUGAAGGAGUCCACCACCACAGUCACAAUCAAACUGGAUCCAGUUGACGACACGGAAGGAACAGUCACGAUGACGCUGGACCCAGCCGACGCCGACGCAGACGGCACGGUCACCAUAAAACUUGACCCAAGCGAAACAGAGGCGGCCCUGAAUGCUCCACCUAACGCUGAUGAUGACGAUUUGGAAAGGGAGGCAGAGGCCGAGGAAGGAGGUUUGGACGAGUGUGAUGAUGAAGAGGAGGAAGAGGAGGAGGAGGAGGACUUUGUUGAGGGCAAGUGUGACGACUCUUUCACCGAUAGGCAGCUGGUUCGAGCCCAUCCGUUCGACCCCUGCAUCAUCUCCCUCAAGGUUUUGCAGGAGGGCGACGGCGCCGACGGAGGAGACUCCACGAUGACGACGACAAGCGGCGGCGUAGCGCUGUCUCUACCGGGCCCGCUGACGAAGCCCAAGCGAGGCCGGCCGCUGCUGGCCACCAUCACCACGCGGGGGAUGGCGCCCGGCCAGCGCAUCAAGUGCGAGGACUGCGGCUUCAUGGCGGACGGCCUGAGCGGCCUCAACGUCCACAUCUCCAUGAAGCACCCGUCUAAAGACAAGCACUUCCACUGCCUGCUGUGCGGCAAGUCCUUCUACACGGAGAGCAACCUGCACCAGCACCUGACCAGCGCCGCCCACCUGCGCAACGAGCAGGGCAGCAUCGAGGAGCUGCCAGAGGGGGGCGCCACCUUCAAGUGUGUCAAGUGCAACGAGCCCUUCGAGACGGAGCAGGACCUGUUCGUGCACAUCAAGGAGAAGCACGAGGAGCUGCUGCGCGAGGUCAACAAGUACGUGCUGGAGGACACGGAGCAGAUCAACCGGGAGCGGGAGGAGAACCAGGGCAGCGUCUGCAAGUACUGCGGCAAGGUCUGCAAGAGCAGCAACUCCAUGGCCUUCCUGGCCCACGUGCGCACACACACAGGCUCCAAGCCGUUCAGCUGUAAGAUCUGCAACUUCGCCACGGCGCAGCUCGGCGAUGCACGCAACCACGUGAAGAGGCACCUCGGCAUGAGAGAGUACAAGUGCCACAUCUGCGGGUGGGCCUUUGUGAUGAAGAAGCACCUGAGUACGCACCUGCUGGGGAAGCACGGCGUGGGACGACCCAAGGAGAGGAAGUACGAGUGUGACCUGUGUGACCGCUCCUUUAGUGAGCGCUGGGCGUUGAACAACCACAUGAAGCUCCAUACGGGUGACAAGCCCUUCAAGUGCGCCUGGCCCUCCUGUCACUACGCCUUCCUCACGCUCUCCGCCAUGAAGGACCACUACCGCACACACACAGGUGAGAAGUCCUUCCUGUGUGACCUGUGUGGCUUCGCUGGUGGUACUCGACAUGCCCUCACCAAACACAGACGUCAGCACACAGGUGAGAGGCCCUUCAGAUGUCAACUGUGUAACUUUGCGUCCACCACUCAAUCCCACCUGACGCGACACAAGCGAGUUCACACCGGCGAGAAACCCUACAGAUGCCCCUGGUGCGACUACAGAUCCAACUGUGCAGAGAACAUCCGUAAGCACAUCCUGCACACAGGGAAGCAUGAUGGGGUGAAGAUGUACAAUUGCCCCAAGUGCGAAUACGCCACCAACGCCCCCAUGGAGUUCCGCAACCACCUCAAGGACACGCACCCCGACAUCGAGAACCCCGACCUGGCCUACCUCCACGCAGGCAUCGUGUCCAAGUCGUUUGAGUGUCGUCUGAAGGGCCAGGGUGCCACCUUCGUGCAGGCCGAGAUGGCGUUCGCUCCUGAGGACUCGCCCUCCUCCGCGGCUGCCACGCUGUGUCGUAUCGGCACGGCAGGCCUGGAAGCCAUGGGCAUGGGCGCCGCCGACGGGAGCGUACAGCAGGUGAUCAUCAUCCAGGGUUAUGACGGCGGCGUGGCGGGCAGCGUGACCGUGGAGCAGGCCCUGGAGGAGUCCGCCGCGGCCACCCUGCAGACCCUGGCCAUGGGGGGACAGGUGGCGGAGGUGCUCCACAUCACAGAGGACGGACAGCUGAUCAGCACCACCACCACCACCUCCGCUUCCUCCUCCUCCUCCAUCAACCGCCAGGUCCUCAGCGGAGCUGGAGCAGCCACCGUGGGCACCAUCACGGGUGGUGGAAGUGGUGGUGCCACGCACAUCCAGCUGCCGGCGGGGAUGCACGGCGCCACCCAGUACGUGCUGGUGGAGGCGACUGGCGGUGGAGUCGAGGCCGCCACCAACGCAACGGCCAUCUUGGACGCCAGCCAGGGGGCGACUGUGGUGACAGGUCGAGGUGGAGGUGGUGGUGGUGGAGGUGGCGGGGCGGAGGCGAGUCACGUGAUGGUGUCGGAGUCGGCGUCGUCAGCGCUGGACGCUCUGCUGUGUGCGGUGAGCGAGCUGGGCCACCAGCAGGGCGGCGAUAGUGAAGAAGGAGGAGGAGGAGGAGGAGGUGCAGCACAGGAGGCCCAUGGGGAGGAGGAGAUCAUCACCACCAUCAUUGGAGGAGGAGGAGGAGGAGGAGAGGCCAUGAAUGAGGAGCAGGGGAGGAUUGCAGGAGAGGCGGCGGAGGAGGUUCAGGUGCAAGUGGCGUCGGUGGAGGGAGGUCACGUGCAGGUGUACAGGGAGGUGCUUCAAGGGGAGGAGGUGAUGCAGAUGCAGAUGCAGGAGGUGGUGGAGGAGCAGGGAGAGCAGCAGGGUGGCUCGGAACAGAUGGGUCAGGUGGUCACCCAUGUGGUUGGCCACGCCCCCUCGGAACACCACCACGUGGCCGUGGGUAAUCACGACGAGGCGAUGGUGCAGGAGGUGUUGCAAUUCGCCGCUAGCCAGCUGAUGAUGAAGGAAGGCCUGACGCAGGUCAUCGUCAACGACGAGGGGACGCACUACAUCGUCACAGAGCUGGAGGACGGCUCCGCGGCCGCCCUGCAGCUAGAGGGCGCCGUGUACGCCCAGAGCACUGAGGAGCACGAGCAGCAGCAGCUGCAGGAGGUGGAGGGGGGUGGGGGAGCCAUGGAGGUGGUUAUGGGGGUGGUGGAGGAGGCGCAGGGGGAAACUGGUGUCGUUGUCACUGCGAUGGAGACCCAGGUGCAGGAGGAGGAUGGAGCUGGGGGGGUGGAGAGGGUGGUGGUGUACACAGAGGAGGCUCCACAUGCUGAACAAUAG